AUGGUAUGCUCUGUCUCCAAGGAUGAAUGCUUGGGAGUUGACUCCAGCAAGCCCAACCCAAGAGAUAUCCCAACCACCCUUCGUCACUUAUCUAUCAUGGUUGAUGAUCCACUUGUGCUCAGCAAGGUGCCUCGGUUAAAAAACUUGCACACUCUUGUCCUAUGGAUUCAUGGUCAUGAUCGCAGAUGGGCUGUUAUGGUUAAUAAGGUGCUCAAAGGAUUCAAAAACUUGAGGGUUCUGAAAUUAGAGUCAUCUGCCACUUGCAAGCACAGGUCUCUGAAUGCAAUUGGUGAUCUAAAACACCUCCGAUACUUGCAUCUUGACAAGAUUGUUGAUACAACUCCAUUGACUAAAUCAGUGUACAAGCUCUAUCACCUGCAGACCAUGAUUGUUCUAUGCUUGGAUCCUUCUACAAAAAGAAUAGGUGAAGGCAUGAAAAGCCUGAUUAACUUGCGACAUCUGAUCCUACCGUCGGUAGCAAUUCCCACAAUAGCUAAGAUUGGAAAACUUACUUCCCUCCAGGAGUUGGACAAAUUCCAUGUCAGGGAGGGGAAUGGCUGCAAGAUAGGUGAGUUAAAGCACUUGAGGGAGCUCCGUGGCGAGCUACACAUCAAGAAUCUUGAGAAUGUGAGAAGCUGCGAAGAUGCUAGGGAGGCUGAGUUGCAUAAUAAAGAGCAUCUCCGCACACUAGUGCUGCAAUGGGAUACAAAUUCGAGUAGCACUUCUGAGGUGGCAGCAAAUAUAAUUGAUGGCCUCCGACCACAUUUUUGCCUUGCAGAUCUGAAAAUUAUUGGCUACAGUGGUGCUUGUCCUCCAUGUUGGUUGGAAACUCGAUAUCUCGCCAUGCUAGAAUCCAUUACUUUGAGCAAUUGCGAAGAGUUGGAACUCCUCCCACCCCUUGAGGAGCUGCCUUUCCUCAAGUUUCUGUCUCUUGAAAAUAUGAGGGCAUUGAGACAAGUUGGUCAUCCAUUCCCUAGGCGUAAUAUGGUCACUUCUUUUGGAAGGUUGGAGGUUCUAAAGUUUAGGAACAUACAGAUGCUGGCGAGGUGGUCUGGCGUAGAGGAUGGUCAAUGGUUUCCUUGCCUCAAGAUCCUCAAGAUCGAGCACUGCUCUAGGUUGAUGGCGUUGCCCCCACUACCUCAUAGUUUGGAACGACUGGAAAUAUAUGAUGUGGGGUUGACUACUCUUCCAAGACUAUGGCAAUGUCAAAAUAAUGAUUGCGAGAGCUCGUCGCCAUCAAAUCUUCGUCUCUUGAAGAUUCAGUCUUGCCGCAAUCUAACGUCUCUAGAUGGAGGCUUGCUACAACACACUGAUCAUUUUAUGGCUGUCGAGGAGUUGUUCAUCCAGCAAUGUAAAGCGCUGGUGCAUCUGCCGGUGGAAGGAUUCCAAAAACUCAUCUCGCUAAGAAGCCUCCAGAUACGGAAAUGCCCGCGCUUGCAGAGACGCAAUGCGCCUCAUGAUGACUUCUUUCUUCCCUUGUCGGUCCGGACAAUUUCUAUGAUGGAUUGUGGUGAGAUGGACGCAUCACUUCCUGGUGCGAUGCAGCACCUUGCAUCUCUCUCCAUGCUGGUUGGAACCCAUAGUUUCACAGCCUUCCCCUCAGCAGAGGUGUUCAGAAGGCUCAAGGUACUUCACAACUUGUCCAUUGUUCGUUGCACAGAGCUAACAUCAUUUGGAGGUUUGCAUUGA